AUUGCCCUUUCGAGACGUUCAGGGCAGGUGGGAGGGGGAAAUUUUUAUCUCAUUUCAUUCCAAUUUCUGUAGGGGAAAUCGCCCAUGAUGUCGGGAAAAGAGCAGGCGAGAAAUAACGGGACCUUGAGCUCUGGAACUGAUAUCGGGCCGCCCGGUUUCCCGAACCGCCGUGAAAUCCCACCGCAAUUCCUGGCGGUUUUCCUUCCACCUCCGCCCGGCCACCGUCCCGCACCGAGCCAGAGAUUGGGGGGGAGAACCUUUACCUCAUCGGGAGCUGAACGCGCCACAUGAGCCUGCUAAACGAACCAGGUACAAAUCCCGUCGGCGGAGGGGGAGGGAGAGAGAGACUAAAAAAAAACUAGAAUGAAAAUUAAUUUA